AUGGCGCCCUCGCAGGCGCUGGUCCUCAGUAGAGGCUCUGCCUGCUACAGGUGCCUCUUCGGACACGCCAGAGGAGUUGCGCUCGUGCAGCGCAGGGGGAUCUCCCAGAAAUAUCUCCAGAAAAAGGCAGAAGCAGAAGCGCAAUGGAAGGAACGAGCGGAGUGGAUCAAGGAGGGGAAGCUGCCCAACCUCUGGGACAUGUUGGAGGAGCGCGGCUAUGUGAAGGAUACAGCUGGAUCCAGAGAGACGAUCCGUGAACUCAUGAGGACAAGGCGGAUAGGCGCCUACGUCGGCGUCGACCCCACGGCAAGCUCUCUGCACGUCGGCCACCUGCUCCCUCUCAUGCCGCUCUUCUGGAUGUACAUGCACGGAUAUAAAGCCUUCACCAUCCUCGGCGGAUCAACCGUCAAGAUUGGAGACCCCACAGACCGGCUGAAGACGCGGGCUGUUAUUGGGAGCGCGGAUCUGGCUAUGAACGUCACCAAGAUGCACUUUCAGAUCAAAAAGCUAUGGACCAAUGUUGAGGAGCAGGCUCGGAGGCACGGCUACAAGAAGGAAUGGGCUUGGAGGCGCGGGCUGGUGAACAACAACACAUGGUGGAACAAAAUGCCCAUGCUCGAGGUCCUCAAGAGGGUGGGACGGCACCUCCGGAUAGGGCCCAUGCUAUCGCGCGACACGGUCAAGCGGAAAAUGACAGAAGGGGAUGGCGUCUCAUUCGCCGAGUUUAGCUACCCGAUCAUGCAGGGCUGGGAUUGGUGGGAGCUCUUCAGACAGCAGCGGGUGCAGAUGCAGAUUGGCGGCUCCGACCAGUACGGAAACAUCAUCACCGGCAUCGACAUCGUCAAGGCCGCCCGGGACAAUGAGCCGGACCCGGCCAAGAGAAUUCCUGCCAACUCCGAGUUGGACGACCCUGUGGGAUUUACCGUGCCGCUCUUAACGGACUCGUCGGGCGCCAAGUUCGGCAAGAGCGCCGGAAAUGCGGUGUGGCUCGAUCCGCACAGGACGUCCCCCUUCGACCUGUACCGCUACUUCGUCCGACGGCCUGAUGCGGACGUGGAGAACCUCCUCAAGCUGCUCACGUUCCUUCCCAUGAGCGAGAUCCAGCAGACCAUGGAAGCGCAAAAUCAAGACCCGUCGAAGCGUGUUGCACAACACCGCCUCGCCUACGAGAUCUUGUCAUUAGUCCACGGCGAAGCGGAGGCGCAAAGGACGCAGGCAGAGCACCGCAUGAUGUACCGCAAGGGCGGCGCGGCCAUCCCCCUGUUGGCCAGCAGCGCUCCGGAGGGCGGCGAGUACGCGGAACCGAAGGGGCCGGUAACGCCCAACAACGCGCCGCGGGUCGACAUGAUACUCCCGGAAUCGCUGAUCAUGCACAAGUCGAUUGGCCGCAUCCUGUACGCCGCCGGCUUCGCGGACAGCGCGACAAAAGGCCACAAGCUCGCCCAACAAGAGGCCGUCCACAUCGCCGGCAUGCCCGGUCGCAAGCCGGGGCACGGCCAGCCGAUGGACCCGGCGCAGCUGACGUGGAACCCGAUCAAGCUCUGGUUCCCGCAGGAAACGCAAAGGUACCUGAUCGACGGCAAGCUGCUGAUCCUGCGCAAGGGCAAGCACAACCUGCGCGUCAUCCAGAUGGUCAGCGACGAAGAGUACAAGGCCUCGGGCCUGACCUACCCGGGCCAGGAGUUCACGGGUGUUGUGCGCCGUCUGCGGAACCUGCUCAAGGCGCUUAAAGACGGGGAGAUAACACCCGAAGAGGUCAAGGAGGCGCUGCGGGCAGAAGCCGAGCAGCAGAAGCAGCAGCAGGAGGAGGCGCCAGGGCACAUCAACUUCCCUAAGCAGAAGCCCGAGGCACAACGACACUUGGAGGCG